ACACUGCGUGUAUUCUGCAGGCUGCAUGGCUGUCUGCCUCUGCGUUCAAAGGGAGAGCGGAAGAUAGGAGGAGGGGAACGACUACACCGGGAGGGAGGGAGGAGGACAGUUUCCUUUCUGAAACACACGCCACAAGAUCGCAACGGGAAAACGGGGAGAGGAAAGAAAAUUCUAGGCGAGAAAACGAGCGCGUGAGAGGGGGAAAAAAAAGAAAGAGGAAACGCCGCAGUCCGUUUGGUUGUGUGGUGGUUUAUUUAAUUUUUUUUUUUAAAAGGGGGACAAGUCGUGGUUUUUUUUUCCUUCCCUUUUUUUUUUCACGCAGACUCGCGCACUAACAUGGGGGAAAGAGAGAGCUCCUGACGCGGAUUGACUUUCAGUGAACCUCUGCUCCGUGCGGUACGAGGCUAAUAGACAGGGAGGGGAGGGAAGAAAACGGAAGACAUGUUGAGGGUUUUUUCGUCUUGAGGUUGCGGUAGGAUGUGGAUGUUGCGCUUUUAAAUAGAGAGAGGAAAAAAAACCACACACACACCACACACAACCCCACACGCUUCUUCGUGGAGAGAAAAACGAGACGAGGGCAAAUGGACAUUUGGCGGUAGGUUGUGCUCGGGAGCUAUUGUUUUGAUCGCUGUUUAUUUAAUUGGUUUGUUAUGAUCUGAAAUAACGUAGGCCUCUUGGGCAGCCCUGCAGUAGGCUGAAUAAACACACGGUCAGCAAACAAGGGCUACAUUAGCUGGGAAUUAAACCCGAGAAAAAGCUUGUGGUGUUUUUUUAUUUUUUAAGGCCACUGUUUUGUAGUCAGGUAAGAUAAGUGUCUGAGCUACCUGGUGUGUUUUUAAACAAAAGCGGUGGUUAGAUUGCGUUUCUUAAGCCAGAGCUAAACCUUUUCGAGAUAGAUCAACUCUUCAGUGAGGGGGUCAUACAAAGGCCCAGCAGGAGAUACAGUAAAGGCGUCUUUGCGGCAUCAAAAUAUCUUUUUUUCUUUUUUUUAACUGCGGAGGAAAACCGUCCGCGGGUCUGGCUUUAAGCACAAAAGGUGCACACAGUAGGUGAGCCCACCCUCCUCCCAGUUUAGCGCAAGGCAGGGGGACAAAAGACGAUUUCUAAAUGUUAAUGUCGACCGACGUUGCAUCCAUCAUGCUGCCUGUGUCCCGGGGUCUCAUGGACCGGGAUAGAGAGCUGGACGCCAUGGCUGGGGUGCACCCCAACGCCGCUCCGGCGGUCGUGCGGGCCAUGAAGCGCGGAGACCCGGAGCCCGACGGACAGACGGCGGCCGCGCUGGUGGACUCGACCGGGGCGGAGUGCAAGCGUCCCCGGAUCGACGGCUCGGGAGGGAUCGGCGAGGUUGGCCAGAACAACGACCCUUUGACCCUUGGUUACCAUGGCUACCCCUCUCAUAGUCAGGGCUCUCAGGAUAGUGCUGGCGGUCAGGAGGGACUCGUGCCUCCACCUUUCUCCGCAUUCCCGCCGCCUCCACCGCCGCCCCCUCAGAACGGCAUGGCCCUGGACUACGGGGGCAGCCUGUACGCGGCGGGGGCCGUCCAGGGCCCCGUGGAAGCCGGCGGAGUGGCGAACAGCGUCGCCAACAGCCUCAGUGUCCAGCAAUCGGACGGGUCCUCCCAGAUUGACGGUCCAUUAGUGGUCGGCUCAGGAGGAGUCGGUGGUGGAGGGAGCAUUGGGGAUGACUCGGACGCCAAGGGGACCCCCAAACGCCUCCACGUGUCCAACAUCCCCUUCCGCUUCAGAGACCCCGACCUACGGCAGAUGUUUGGGCAAUAUGGCAAAAUCCUCGACGUGGAGAUCAUUUUUAACGAAAGGGGGUCCAAGGGCUUUGGUUUUGUAACAUUCGAGACGAGCGCGGAUGCGGAGCGGGCCCGAGAGAAGCUUCACGGCACGCUGGUGGAAGGGCGUAAAAUCGAGGUGAAUAACGCCACAGCUAGAGUGAUGACGAACAAGAAGAUGACCACCCCUUACUCCAACGGCGAGGGCCUCGCAGCGCUGCCAUACGCUGGAUGGAAGUUGAGUCCCAUGGUUGGAGCCAUGUACAGCCCCGAGCUCUAUACAGGCACUUCAGCCGAUCUGUCCCACCUUCUCCGUCUCUCAGUGCCGGGGUUCCCGUACCCGGCGGCAGCGGCGGCCGCUGCCUCCACCGCUGCCACCUUUCGAGGCGCUCACCUCCGGGGCCGAGCCCGACCCGUCUACAGCGCCGUCAGGGCCGCUGUGCCACAACCCGCCAUCCCUACCUACCCGGGUGUGAUGGCCUAUCAGGAUGGCUUUUAUGGUGCAGCUGAUCUCUAUACUAGUGUUUCAGGACAUUAGUGGCAGAUUGCCCCAGGUAGGGUUUACACACUCUGUGUGAGAGCCAGUGUGCAUCCUCCUCGUCUCCAAUGACUGCGUGCUGCUAGACAUUAUUGACCAUCUGAGAUUGAAACGCCUUCUCUGUCUUCUUCUACUAACUCACUGGAUUCUGACAUGGGUGGAGUUGCGGAAGGGGGAGAAGAGAAUUAAGUUGAAAUCUUGAUUUUUGCAAAGCAUGUGCUACACGAAAAUGUCCACUCUCAAAUGAUCUACAGUAGGAGGGGGGAUUAGGCGCAGUAUUGCAGGUUAGGCGCAGUAUUGCAGGUCAAUACGUGAACAGUGGGCCAAUUUCUUUUGACCUAAACUACCCUAGGUGGCAGCCCACAGCAAAAAUCCAUCUGUAAUCGUAGGACUUUUCACUGUUCUUGUGGCGAGAUACAUUAAAAUACAUUAUUAUCUUAAUCACACACAGAAAACACGUAAAGAGAACUGGGAUAGCCGAGAAUAAAAAAUAAAAAAACAUGCCCCCUUCGUAUAAUUUUUUCAUUGAUUCGCACAAAAAUCUGAAUUACUAUGUGUCAGCAAGCUGCAUUCUCACGACUUGAAAUACAAACGGGAUGUGAAAUAAAUAAGAUGUAAAAAAAAAACGAGCAUUUUCCCAGUAGUCAGAGGGAUGUAGGACAGUUUCCAUCAGCAGUUAAUUCCGACCCCUUCCAGGAAUCUCCCUCUCUGUUUCACCUGUGGCAUGCUAACUGAAUCAAUGUCGGCAUGCGGACAUAUUGACAAGGCUGACUCCUCCCCCAGUCCUCUCCUAUUUCCUCCCCCCUUUUUCUUCUCCAUCUAUACACCAUACCUCUACCCUCUUUUUUUUUUUUUUUUUUUUGUGUCAUCCUUAAUUACACUUCUUCCUCAAUAAUUAAAACCUUUUUUUGUAUGUUUCAAGUGUCUUCCGGCACCCCCUUCCUCUUCUUCUACUCCUUUUUUAUUAUUUACUAUAUCUUCUUUCCUUGCUCUGGGACUCUUCUUCCUCUCCUAUUUUCUAUGUGGCACUCUGAGAUUAUUGGAUGAAGAGUGCCUUACAAAUAGAAUGCAUUAUUAUUAUUAUUAUUCUAUGUCUCCGGCACUUUCUCCCUCCUCCCCCCUGUACAUGCCAUCUUCCUCUAGCCCUUACGCCUUCCUACCCCCCCCCGGUCCAGCCUCCCCCUGUAGCGGCAGUUGUGUGGUCCUGAAUGCGGGGACUUGGUCGACUGAUCCUUUAGGGUAGAAUGCAGCGGUGUUUGUUGUCAUAGGGAUGUUUGGCCUAAUACGCUGUGCGUUCGGGAAAAGCAUGCUGUGUCUGUCUGUGAUUGGCCGCUGGCCACGUGAGCGGGUGCGCGUGUGUGUGUGUGUGUGUGUGUGCCCUUUUUGUUUUUUUUAAUCUGACUGGCUGACUGUCUUCUUUCACCCGUAGUUUUUUUUUUUUUUUUUUCCCCAUCAGCUGUUCAUCCAAACAUAAAUAAUGACACAAUCAUCUUGCCUCCCCUUCUUUAACAGUGUGUUUUUGUUAGGGGAAGCGGGGU